CUCUUCCUGCUUUUGGCCAGGUGCUGCCAGACUCAUGACAACUGCUAUGAUGAAGCCGAAAAACUUCCUGCAUGUAAUUACUUGAUGAGUGGCCCCUACUACAACAUCUAUUCAUACGAAUGUAAUGAAGGCGAACUCACCUGCAAAGAGGACAACGAUGAGUGUAGAGCCUUUAUUUGUAAUUGUGACCGCACAGCAGCCAAGUGCUUCGCCGGAGCCCCUUACAACAACGCGAACUGGAAUAUCGACACCAAGACACGUUGCUAAUGAUAUUUGAGAGGCUUCAGCGCAAGGACUGUGGCAGUUACUCACCUGCGCGUGGCAAUUCUCUGGAUGGGCCUCUAUUAUAUAUAUA